GACAUCCAUAAAAUCCUACAACAUUACAGAUGUCAAAUUCUGACAUUGGAAAAAAAAAUAUCGAAAUUUUCAGUGCUAUAGGUGCGAUCUUCAUUUUCAUCGCGAGAAAAAGUGAAAACUUUAUUGAAAAGUAGCAGCCAAGGAGUCCAGCACCAUGAUUAAUGCCGCGUCGAAAGCUGCUUACCUUAAAGCAACCACUCAAGUGGUCAAUGGUGGCAUAAAGCCUUUGGUCGCUGGUGGUUUGACUCAUAGCGAAACAAAGGUAGAACAUAAAUUCACUCCUUUGGUCAAUUCUAUGCCAAAAGGCUUGCUCAGCGUUGUGUCUGGUCCAGCAGUGAACACAACCGUCAAGUUUGCCCGAUUCGCGCAUACAGAUAUACCUGUUCCGGACUUUUCACCCUAUCGACGCAAUUCGUCAAGGAAUUUGAAAAUUAAGAACACCAACACUGGAGAUCGCAACGCAUUCACUUACUUGCUCGUCGGAGCAACAACCGUUGCAUCCACCUACGCCGCUAAAGGUGUUGUCACCGGGCUCGUAUCGUCGAUGGGCGCAUCAGCUGAUGUAUUAGCUUUGGCAAAAAUCGAAAUCAAAUUGUCGGACAUUCCGGAAGGAAAAUCCGUCACUUUCAAGUGGCGAGGAAAGCCAUUGUUUAUUCGUCAUCGGACUGCUGCUGAAAUUUCUGCUGAACAAUCGGUCGCACCAGCGUCACUACGUGAUCCACAACACGAUAGUGAACGUGUCCAGAAACCCGAAUGGCUAGUCGUUCUCGGUGUCUGCACCCAUUUGGGCUGUGUGCCAAUCGCUAAUGCCGGUGAUUUCGGAGGAUACUACUGUCCAUGCCACGGUUCCCAUUAUGAUGCGUCCGGGCGUAUUCGCAAGGGACCAGCACCAUUGAAUUUGGAAGUGCCGCACUAUGAGUUCCCCGAAGAGAAUUUGCUAAUUGUUGGUUAAGGUGAUUGGUUGAUCCGAUGCUUAAAUGGUUUUGUUUCUGUGUGAAAGUAAGAAAAAAUUUCUUUCCCCCUUCAUUUCCGAAUAUAACACUUCAUCCUGAUUGGGUGAGUCAAUUUAAUGUAACUUUUUUUUUUUAUUUAUUUUCUCUUUUACAAAAACUGUUGUCGCAAUCGUACGACAUCCUCCUCAAUCGAUAUCGGAUCAAUAUGUUUCUUUUCCCUUUGAAAGACUAUUUAAGGCAUGGAAUGUAUAGGUGGAACGGAGGAUUAAAUAAAUUUUAUUCAUAAAACUAGUUGACGAGAAA